AUGGGCGAGGACAAGGGACAAGAAGCCGACGAAGUGGGGAACCUCCUUGGCAUCUGACCCUACCAGCCUACUACCAGCCUCUUCCGGUCCCCCUUCCACACCCGCGUCAGUGCUUUCCAAACUGUGCUUUUUCAGGAAGUGUCCAUCUCCCAACACUGGCGACUUCUCUCCCCGACCACUAUGCAACGCUGCAUGUCCCCUCGACGGCGGACCUUGCCACCGUCCGGGCGGCGUACAGGGCCCUGAUUCUACUACAUCACCCCGACCGAGCCACAGCGGUCGAGCGAAGCAGCCCCAACGCUGCUGAAGCACUCAACGAAGCGUGGCACAUCCUCGGUGAUCCGACCAGGAGGAAGGCGUAUGAUCGCGAAUCGGCGAGGCAGCAGCAAGGUUAGUAGUCACUUGCGGAGUCAGUCAACCCUUUCGCUCGAUUAUGGCCCCGCUGAUCCGCCUAUCACGCGCACUCUCCAGCUCAACAAGAACUUCUAACCUCAUCAUGCGUCUAUGCGGUCUCGAUCGACCUCUCUCUCUUCACGGCCCACUACCACUACUCGGAAUCGAACUCUCCCGAACCCAAGCCCGAGUUUGAAGAUUCGCUCAUGCCCAUAGCAUAUACCCACCCGUGUCGUUGCUCGGCCGAGUUCCGCAUCACGCUCGAGCAGUUGGAGCAAGGCGUGCAGAUCGUGCAGUGCGAAGGCUGUAGCGAGCGGUGCAAGGUCGAGUACCACGUCGUCGAGUCGGGCGAUGAGGACGAAGAGCGAGCCAGCGAUCGAGCCGAGAUCCCUGUCUGA